AAGCGGUGUAAAUUGUUUAUUGUCCCUUCUGUCAUUUAACAUGGCGACGUUCUUUGGUGAAGUUCUGCCAGUUUUUUCCCGGGCGACGGGCGACGAUGACGAUUUCGACGAAGAUGAAGAGCAAGAAGCAGAAUUAACUUGGAAAACAAGUGUCCAGUGGUGUGAAGCAGCAGAGCCAAAACUCCAAGAUAACAAGUUACCAUGUUCUUUGUUGAUAAUUUCUGUUGGUCAAGUAGCCUCAGGUUUUUGCCAGGCGUAUUUGCUAAAGGAAAGCACCAAACCCGCUGGAUGGCUGUCCACCUCCUUGACCACUGAUGACCCAACUCUUGAUCAUAAUGCUGAAGUGCAUCUCUGUGGGAAAGACUCUGUGUUUAUUCAGUGCACAAAGGAAAUAUCACCAGAGCAAUCGUUCUGCUGGGUAUCAGAAGAUGCAGCAGCCAUCAUGUCAAGUUCAUUGUGCAGAACAUUCUCAACUCUCUUACAAGAUGAGCCAAUAGCAUUGGCUUUCAAUCCAUCACCAUGUGGUGAACAUGAUCAUUGGUGA